AUGCAUGAAGGGCCCGUGCAUAAGCCGGUGCAUACUCUGGUGGGGGCCCAGGUCAAAGAUGAACGAUCAGCGAAUGUUUUGGCGUCGUGCCAUCGGGGUCAGCUCGACGUCCCACCGAGCAAACAAGCCUGAUUGUGCCGAAGCGUCUUGCCGCUGACCUCUGCCGUCGAGAGAACGUCGAGAACGUGGAGAGUUCGAGAAAAAGGUGUUGCGUCAUCGGCGGUUAUUACGGGGGCAGAAGGACGUCGUCGAGAGAUUGUCGGAUAUGGUUAUCGAUUUGACCCGGCUCGACCAAGCGGACCGGAGACUCUACGAAGUGUACUAUAGUGCGGUCCGCGUGAACAGAAAGAACGGAAAAGAAAAGGCUCUUUUUGUACCUAUGCUCUGUAAAACUGCAAAAAGACUGCAAAAAAGGUCUUGAAGCGGGGUGGGGUCAGAUUUUAUAAGUCGGAAUGAUGGAUAAGGGCAGCUAAAAGGGAGUGGUUCAAAAAAGGCCGCAGAAAUGCAGCAAAAAGGGUCCCUUUAUCGAGCCUUCCAUUUUCCUGGGAUUUUAAGGACUCAAGAAAUGAUGGAAAAAGGGAGUGGCAGCAAAAAUGGUGCAUAACAUGUCAUGAAAUGGCGCAAAAAGGCAGCAAAAAGGGAGCCUUCAUCACCCUAAAAGGAACAUUUCUAUGGACCUUUACGGACCCUCGAAGGUUCCUUCAGACUUUGCCUAUGAUAGAAAAAAGAGAAUCGGCUAUAUAUGGGAUAUAUAGAGUAGGGUAUAUUCAGAAGAACUUAUUGGAAGGAAAUUAAAAAAUUCCUUUAAAUUGGUCUUCACGUAAUGGAACUGCAUAGACAGAUUGUGAUCUAUAAAAUAAAAAUUAAAUUUGCAGGCAAACUUUAAAAAUCCAUAGGUAAAGUCGGAAAGGGUGGAAAAAGUUCCUUUUUGCUGCCUCUCCCCUUUUCCACCAUUUCUUGAGCUUUUACAAUUCUAGAAAAAAAAGGGACUCUUUUUGCUGCUUUUCUGUAGCCUUUUUUGAGCCUUUUUUCUGCCUUUUUAUGGCCUUUUUUUGAGCCUUUUAGCGGCCAUUUUUCACCAUUCUUGCCCGAGUAAUUAUUUGAAAAUUCUUCAGAAGUUUUUUGCUAUUAGUGUACCUUUAUCCCACUUUUUCUCUUUCCGGUUUCUAGACCUCUUUAUAAAUUUGUUAACUCAAAUAAGGUGCUCAAGGAAUGUCGCUUUCAACCUAAGCGGUUACUUCUAUGACCAAAACAACAGAAUAGAUGAUCCUUUGAGUCCAAAAAGCAAUUUUUUGGCUCGUCAGUUUUUUGAAAUAUUCCACUUCAUUCUCAAAGUUUCAAAUCGUAGCUCGACUUUUUACGAGUUUUAGGUGCACCCAAGCGUUAUUCUGUUUGAAGGAUGAUGGGUCAUUUCUUAUGGGAACUGAAUUUCGAUUCCUACAACGUCGAAUUCGGACCAUUUGGAGUCGGAAAAACACUUAAAGUUUCUCCCAGAAAAGUUUAUUUUGAAUCGUGCAUAUUUCAAACUCUUAACUAAACAUGAAUUAGUUUUGAAGGGCUCACUUCAACUGUAGUUUUGCAUGGGAACGAAAUUUCGGCUCAUUAAGUAUAGUAUAGAGUCGAAUUCGGAUUACUUUAUGUUAGGAAAACACUUGUUAGCGGUAUAAAAUUAUCGAAAAUCUUUAAAUUUUUUUUGAAUCUUUCAAAGAAACUCAGAAAGCAAGGUUUAAGUUCUAACUUCAACUUAAAAUGUGAUACGAGUUCAUUUCAAGUGUUUUCGCCAUUUCUCAAUCUGCACGACAAAUACAAAAAAUAAAAAAUCAAUACAAUCGAAUAAAUCUAAUAGCUGGAGAAAAGUAGUGUCUGAAUAAAAAAAAAAUUGAUUUAUACUAAUAUUUAAGUCCAUAAGCUCUCCAAUCAGUUUCUGAACUUCUAAAAGCAGACCUGAAUAUUAAUUUUGAAGUUUUUUUCACAUUUUGACAGAGUAUCAACUUUAUCUAAAUGCAUCUCCAACGACAAAAAAACAAGUUAGAAGUUGAAUUUUUGUUUUAACUAAUGAUUUUUUUCACUUUAUUUUCAAAUAACCUGUUUUUUUAUAACGAUAACCACUGUUUUGAGGAGCUUAUAAGAGAACCUAAAUUUUAACUAUACAUUUCUCGACGCAAUAACGAAAAAUCCUUCAAUUUAUAAGUCGCUAAAUUCAGACGUUGUUUUUUAAACCAGCGUAACUGUUAGUAAGAAAAAAUUCCCUUAUUGAAAAAAAAAGUAAUAAUAAAAUUUCAGCUUUUAACUUUUUUUUCUUAUUGGAGAAGAAUUCAGAUAAAGUUGACAUAUCUUCAUAAAAAAAACUGAUAAGUUUCAACAUUAAUAUUUAGACCUACUUUUGAAGUUCAGAUAUUAGGGAGUGGAUGAAAAAGGAAGCGAAAAACUUCAAAGAAAAAAAAUGUUUGUUCAGAAGAAGUAGUGUAUAGCCAGUACUGUAGUCUUACUCUAGCCUUACUGUAGUAUUACUGUAGUUUGGUUUACUGUCAGGUAGCGUGUCAGGGAGAGAGCUACUACACACAACUAGAAAAUCACUUAUCGAUUGGAUUUUUUAAUAAUUUUUAAUUUGGAAGCUUCCUAACUUUUCUGUUUCGGAAAAUCAAUUCACAGAUCAAUUCCUGUAGUUUUUUUUCUCGAAGUGAUAUCUACCAGAGGAAUUUCUUGUGUCCUUUUUCAAGUUCUUAGAAAACUUUUCGACUAUAAGCUUGGAAGAUAUUUUUCUUAUGUUUUUAAAAGACUUAGAAGACUCUUAGAACUAAAUACUUACGUAAAAUCUUGUCUUGCGACUCCAAAAUGGUCAGAGGGUUUUUUAAACUAUAAAACUUGGAGAAGCCUUGUCUUGGAUCUCCAAGAGCAUCCACAGGUGCAAUAAUUCAGAAGUAUUUCUUCAUUCCCCGUCCAUUUUUUGUAUUCUCGAUCUUUCUCCAAUUGUACUACUACAAGUAAGGCAUGGGGGCAAAAUCGAUGACCCAUAAAAGGAGGCGGAGCAUCAUGGUACCCAUAGGUACCGCCCCCCUGCCCUCCGCGCGACAUGUAUAAAUAGGCUCGCGUUGGUCCUCAUCCUCAUCCUCUUCUCAUCACUCGACCAGCAGCAGCUGACCUCGCCUCGCCAGAUGUCGUGCUCCCUCCCUUCCCCAUUCAGCUGCUGAUGCUCCCUCCAACCACCCCAGAAGACCCAUUAAUUCACAUUGAUCGUUCUGCGGAACGCGGGAUUUCGCCAGCGGUGGAAACGGUUCACGUCUUUCACCGGGUAAAAUCACGCACUCGGCGGUAG